GUUAUUGAUAAGUGUGUACAGUUUGUUUUUUAUCCAAAAUUAGCUUUACUUGUUUAACUUGUCGCCAAAUAAAAUAUAAACAAAUUAGCCCCAUACUCUGAUACAUGUGCAUACGUAUGUUAAGGUGGUCCCAUUCAUCGUCGUCGUCUGUGCUAGGGAGCACAAAUAAUAGAGAAGAGAGAAGAAGCUGAGGCGGUGUUUCGAGGUCAAGAUUUAGCAAAGAAAGAAUAAAAAGCCUCUCUGAAGAGUGUGACUAGACAAGAUCUGAUCAUGGUUCUUUGAAAACUCCUUCUUUUAAAAGUGCUCAGCAGCUACUGCACUCACACUAAGUAAAACAUGUCAGGUUCUAGGCCAAGCCAGUCCUCUGAGGGCUCAAGGCGGUCAAGACACAGCGCUAGGAUCAUUGCGCAGACCACUGUCGAUGCAAAGCUCCAUGCUGAUUUCGAGGAAUCAGGCAGUUCCUUUGAUUACUCAACCUCAGUCCGUGUCACUGGACCUGUUGUGGAGAACCAGCCACCAAGGUCUGACAAGGUGACCACAACUUACCUUCAUCACAUACAGAAGGGAAAGCUGAUUCAGCCUUUCGGUUGUUUGCUUGCCUUGGAUGAGAAGACCUUCAAAGUCAUUGCAUACAGCGAGAACGCUGCUGAGCUGCUGACAAUGGCCAGUCAUGCAGUUCCUAGCGUUGGUGAACAGGGUGCUCUAGGCAUAGGGACCGAUAUAAGGAGCCUUUUCACUGCUCCUAGUGCUUCUGCGUUGCAGAAAGCACUUGGAUUUGGAGAUGUCUCCUUGUUGAAUCCCAUUCUUGUGCAUUGCAAGACUUCUGCAAAGCCCUUCUAUGCGAUUGUACACAGGGUUACAGGGAGUAUCAUCGUGGACUUUGAACCGGUGAAGCCUUACGAAGUUCCCAUGACAGCUGCUGGUGCUUUGCAAUCAUACAAGCUCGCUGCAAAAGCAAUCACUAGGCUACAAUCUUUGCCUAGUGGCAGUAUGGAAAGGCUUUGCGAUACGAUGGUUCAAGAGGUUUUUGAACUCACCGGGUAUGACAGGGUGAUGGCUUAUAAAUUUCAUGAUGAUGAUCACGGAGAGGUUGUCUCUGAGGUUACAAAACCUGGACUAGAGCCUUAUCUUGGCCUGCAUUAUCCAGCCACAGACAUCCCUCAAGCAGCUCGUUUCUUGUUUAUGAAGAACAAGGUUCGGAUGAUAGUUGAUUGCAAUGCAAAACAUGUUAGGGUGCUUCAAGAUGAGAAGCUUUCCUUUGAUCUUACCUUGUGUGGCUCCACGCUUAGAGCACCACACAGCUGCCAUUUGCAGUACAUGGCCAACAUGGACUCAAUUGCAUCUCUGGUGAUGGCGGUUGUAGUUAACGAGGAAGAUGGAGAAGGGGAGGCUCCUGAUUCCACCACUGCACCUCAAAAGAGAAAAAGGCUAUGGGGUCUGGUGGUUUGUCACAACACAACUCCAAGAUUUGUUCCGUUUCCUCUCAGGUAUGCUUGUGAGUUUCUAGCUCAGGUCUUUGCUAUACACGUCAACAAGGAGGUGGAACUUGAGAAUCAGAUCGUGGAGAAGAACAUUCUGCGCACACAGACACUCCUGUGCGAUAUGCUGAUGCGUGAUGCUCCUCUAGGUAUCGUCUCACAGAGCCCCAACAUUAUGGACCUUGUGAAAUGUGAUGGAGCAGCUCUCUUAUACAAAGACAAGGUCUGGAAGCUAGGAAUAACUCCAAGUGAUUACCAUCUUCAGGAGAUAGCUUCAUGGCUUUGUGAGUACCACACUGACUCAACGGGUCUGAGCACUGAUAGUUUACACGACGCGGGCUUCCCUAGAGCUCUAGCUCUUGGAGAUUCAGUAUGCGGAAUGGCAGCUGUGAGGAUAUCAUCUAAAGACAUGAUAUUCUGGUUCCGUUCUCAUACCGCUGGUGAAGUGAGAUGGGGAGGUGCAAAGCAUGAUCCAGAUGACAGAGACGAUGCAAGGAGAAUGCACCCGAGGUCAUCGUUCAAGGCUUUUCUUGAAGUGGUCAAGACAAGGAGUUUACCUUGGAAGGACUAUGAGAUGGAUGCCAUACACUCCUUGCAGCUUAUUCUGAGGAAUGCUUUCAAGGAUGGAGAAACUACUGAUGUGAAUACAAAGAUCAUUCACUCGAAGCUGAAUGAUUUAAAGAUUGAUGGUAUUCAAGAACUAGAAGCUGUCACUAGUGAGAUGGUGCGUUUGAUCGAGACUGCUACUGUGCCAAUAUUGGCGGUUGAUUCUGAUGGAUUGGUUAAUGGUUGGAACACGAAGAUUGCUGAGCUGACUGGUCUUCCGGUUGAUGAAGCAAUUGGGAAGCAUCUCCUCACACUUGUUGAAGACUCUUCAGUGGAAAUCGUUAAGAGGAUGUUGGAGAAUGCAUUAGAAGGAACCGAGGAGCAGAAUGUCCAAUUUGAGAUCAAGACGCAUCUAUCAAGAGCUGAUGCUGGACCAAUAAGUCUAGUAGUAAAUGCAUGCGCAAGUAGAGAUCUCCAUGAAAACGUGGUUGGUGUAUGUUUUGUAGCCCAUGAUCUUACCGGACAGAAGACUGUGAUGGACAAGUUCACUCGUAUUGAAGGUGACUACAAGGCCAUCAUCCAGAAUCCAAACCCUCUGAUCCCACCCAUAUUUGGUACAGACGAGUUUGGUUGGUGCACUGAGUGGAAUCCAGCAAUGUCAAAGUUAACCGGUCUGAAGCGAGAGGAAGUUAUGGACAAGAUGCUGUUAGGAGAAGUGUUUGGGACGCAGAAGUCAUGUUGUCGUCUAAAGAAUCAAGAAGCGUUUGUAAACCUUGGGAUUGUGCUGAAUAAUGCUGUGACUAGUCAAGAGGCAGAGAAAGUGCCAUUUGCUUUUUUUACAAGAGGUGGAAAGCAUGUGGAGUGUUUGCUGUGUGUUAGUAAGAAGCUGGACAGGGAAGGUGUAGUGACAGGUGUCUUCUGUUUCCUGCAACUUGCUAGCCAUGAGCUGCAGCAAGCUCUCCAUGUUCAGCGUCUAGCUGAGAGGACUGCGUUGAAGAGAUUAAAGGCUCUUGCGUACAUAAAAAGACAGAUUAGGAAUCCGUUAUCUGGUAUCAUGUUUACAAGGAAAAUGAUGGAGGGAUCUGAGUUAGGACCAGAGCAGAGAAGGAUUUUGCAAACUAGCGCAUUGUGCCAGAAGCAACUCAGCAAGAUUUUGGAUGAUUCUGAUCUUGAAAGCAUCAUUGAAGGGUGCUUGGAUCUGGAAAUGAAAGAGUUUAGCUUAAGCGAAGUGUUGACUGCUUCCACUAGUCAAGUGAUGAUGAAGAGUAACGGAAAGAGCGUUCGGAUAACAAAUGAUACAGGAGAAGAAGUAAUGUCUGAAACUCUGUAUGGAGACAGUAUUAGGCUUCAACAAGUCUUGGCGGAUUUUAUGUUGAUGUCUGUUAACUUUACACCAUCUGGAGGAGAGCUAACUGUUACAGCUUCCCUGAGGAAAGAUCAGCUUGGGAGAUCUGUGCAUCUUGCUUAUUUAGAGAUCAGAAUAACGCAUACAGGAGCUGGGUUACCAGAGUUUUUGCUAAACCAAAUGUUUGGAACUGAGGAAGAUGUGUCGGAGGAAGGACUAAGCUUGAUGGUUAGCAGGAAACUAGUGAAGCUGAUGAAUGGGGAUGUUCAGUACUUGAGACAAGCUGGCAAAUCGAGUUUCAUUAUCACUGCAGAACUCGCUGCAGCAAACAAGUAGUCUCUCCCCAAAAGAAAAGAAAAAAGGGGUUAUGGCUUUGAUAUAUUAAUCACUGGUUUUCUUUGUUUGCAACUUUCCUUAUUGCUUUUGUUUUUCAUUUUCAACUUCCAAUAACGGUGAAAUAUCCAUCCAUUUUACAUCUUCUGUUAUCUCUGUUGUUCUGAAGCUGUAAACAUCUAAUUCCUUCUCGAGUGUUUUUGGUUUCAUGAUGUAUGAUGAGAAAUAAAGCUAAUUUAUAGUCUAUGAUGAUCAUAAAGAACACAAACU